AUGUGUAUUAGAACUUAUCUAGAGGCCUCGUAUCACCAAAAUGUAAGCCUUUCUGAUGAAUCAGCCGGAAACGCCACAUUUGGGGUUUUGGGGUGUAGCAAAUAUGCGGCGACUGGGCAGCAUAGAACGCAAAUGGAAGGAACAGAUGCGGACUAUACCGUUGCCUUUCGCACUAUUUCGGAUGCAGGUGAAUUCACCUGUUUCCAGAAAGUUGUUGAACUGCGUGGUGUUGACUUAGUCUUCAGAUCUCUGAACAUGCCCUAAUAACGUUCGUGACCCGCCCACAGCUGGCGUUAGUACCGGUAACGCAGCGACGUUCUGGCCUGACCGGAGAAGUUCGUCUCUGAUGGCAGUCGUCCUCGAAGGAUAAAUAAUUGCCAUUGCGACAUUACUCGCCUGCAACGCCGUUGUAAACUAUUAUAUUUGCAUGCUCAAUGUGAACGCUGCAUCGUUGGCAACCGUAGUUUGCGUUCAUAUUUUUAGGUUUUUAGUAGAAGCCUUUACUUGCGCAUCGCAUUAUUGCAGUCAGGCGAAAUUGUAACAUAUAGUCCAGUUUACCUGUAUGCAGGCCGCUGGUCUGUACGCUACUUAAAUAAAGCCCGCACGUCCGACGGCCCACCUUGGCCAGAACACAUUCCCACUACUAGACGUAACUGACAAACGGUUUCAAAGCCUUUUUGAGAGUAGGUCACAAUUCCCUCUUUAUCUUCCUAUGAAUUAUCAAACACUCGAUAGUUGGACAAACGGCCAUCUGAUUUCAAGCGUGUGAAAUAUUAGCGCUAAUUAUGCAUCCCAGCCGGCCAGUUAACCCCCAGCUGGGCAACUGCCAGUUGCCCUUAAGUCUAGCCUGCACAGUCGUAGCUCCACCCAACAUUGUUCACUCAUCGCCCAACAAGUUGGACGCGACCAGGUUUAUUAUUUUCAGGAGACUGUUAUAAUGGACUUACGGCACUUGUCAGCGCAAUACCUACAUCCGAAUCACCUCGCAUGUGCUCAGAGGUUCCACAGUCACCUUAGGAUGUCGUAUUUUUCCAAUGUAAACACUAUCUAUGACACCUGGAAGUGCGUGCACACAAACAAGCAGGAUAGAGACUGCUAGGCUGUGUCGGAGGCCAGUUUUUACGCCGUCCAUACAUCUUGAGUUGAUCACUUCGACCCAUAUCGCAACCAGGACCGAAUUCGGAUACUCCGGCCGAUUUCGCCUUCGGGUCAGCCAAACAGGGCCAAAACAUCACGGUGGACGAGUAGAGGAACAUAAUUGAUAGGUUUUGCUCCUAACAUCUGGAAAAAGGAAUCUGAAGUCUGAAUGCAAAUCAUCGAUUAACUACGUUUAAGCAACGCUUGUCUUCUGUGCGCCUGGAUCUUGUUUCAUUCCCGCAUAGCAAAAUUUACCUGACGAAGGCCUUAUAUGCCUACAACUUAGUCUUCUGACCAUUCUCGUGCUUCGCAAGAGCUUUUAGAGAAUUCAGACGAGUGAGUCUGGCCGCCGACAUAAUGUCUGUUUUGCUCGCUUGGCGGAAAAUUCGACCCAAGGUAGCAGAAGCUUUCCACUAACUCAAGAGUCUCAUUGUCUGUUGGUACCAUGCAGUUACCUCCACUGUGAUAACUUGAGGUGAUCAUAUUUUUCAGGAGCAGUAUAUUUGCCGUAGUCCAGCUUCGUAUAGGACGACUCACGACGGCGGUUUGCCUGAACCUUCUACAGGGCGCAGUUUGUCACGCUUUUAAAUGAAUUUGCUGGAAGAACGCAAUCCCAACAGCUGCCGGUGACAUCAAAGAAGUAAACUUUCUUCCGGUUUACACUGAGUUCGAUCUUAGUUCUCUGACAUCAAGGUUUGGUCGGUCGAAAUCGCUUCGAUGACAUGGCAUAGUAGAGCUUUUUCAUUAAUGGGAACGCUAACGAUCAGUUACAGAAGAAUCAUGAUGUACGAAGCCGUCCAAGGCGAGUUACCGUUAAUUAUGACAGUAUUCAAGGAUUCAGUAAAAACACACCUUCCGCCUCAACUCGAAGCCGUACGAAAUCUUUGAUGUCUGCGCGCUGCGGUGCGACCGGAGUGGAUUUAAUUCAGCUGCAAAAAAUCUAGGAAUGUCAAGGGCAUUUAUGCCAUGCCAGUUCUAGCACUGUCGCAUUUGUUAAAAGUGGACGGAACAAUGGCGUUUCUGUAGUGUGGAUUUGGCCUCUGCUUCCAGGUCAGCACAGCAAUGACACCGUUUAAAUAAUGCUGCUAAACAACGAGGCCAUUCGCCGAUCGUCUUGCCGAACUCUGGGCUUGGUUGCCACUGUGAUGAUAUUUAAGCUAUGUUAAACUUUCCUAACCAUAGGUUAUUUGCAUUUAGUACGGCUGUAACCAUGGCUGAUCCAGCUAGUCUCGGCGUCGCAAAUUGUGCCUCCACGUUUAUUGAUCUAUAGCACUGACUCUAGAGAGUUCGACCCAUUCUCUUUCUUACUGACGGACACCGAAAACCGAAGGUUCAAGAACCAUGUCCAUAUCUCAACUCACCGUGUUGACCCGGAUUUUAAGUUGACCUAGCCGUCUUUAAAUGGACAGCGGCACUAGAUCAUAAGCAUUAACGCUGAAUUCAUGGAUUGGGCGACGAGCGAUUUACCUAAACCACGCUUAUCGCCUUUAUUACGUGACCGAAAAUAUCCCCACGAUGUUGUUGCAGCGAUUGUGGACCCUCCUCUUUAAUAUGGAAUCUGUGUGCUUUACUUGAAGAGCGCUUCUCAGAAACGGGGAUAAAACACUUGCAAUUCUUCCUCUAUUUCACGCAUGGCUUAGCAUUUUCAAUUUUUACGACUAACUGAUGGGAUGCCCGGUAAACGCAUGUUUUGUGAGGCUAGAGACACCACAGGAACCCUCAAAACACUCUUGGGCUUUACGAAAACCAUGCAAGAAACUUCGAUUCAGACCGCGAUGUCGAACUUAUUUUGUUCAUUUGACAACAAUUUCGCCCCGUGGUAUUUGAAGCUGUCGACUUUUUAAAAUCAAUAGCUACUGCUCCCAAAACAUGUGUUCUCCUAGUCAGGGGCGUAGCGUGAGUGGAUUAAUCUCAGGGCUCUUGGGUGAAUCGACUGAUUCAGCGACCUUAUUCACGCAUGACACCGCACUCUCAGACUCAUUAUGACUUGAUAUCAGUCGGACGAUAUGGCGGACGCAGUCGAGUUUAUUCAGCCGACACACGGGUACAGAUUUAACACCAUGAAAGGCACUUCCGAGAAUUCAGUUAAAGGCGUGUUUCUACGGAACGUGUGACAUUACAGUUUUGUUUAACAGCUGAUCGCUUCUGGAACGGCCUGGUGAGGCUGUUAUGGAUGAAAAUUCUCGCAGUGGUGCAGCGAUAGUAGGCCUUGCUGAAGACAGAUCAGCCUUGUGGAAGAUGUCGCUGAACGUCGCAAAUGUCGCGUUGACGUCACUAAGGGCACGACGGAAUACUUCUCGAUGGCAAAGUCUGUGCAAUUCUUGUAGUGUUCGGCCUAGCUUUUGGGGCCGUUCCUUUUCAGAGGAUAAAUGCAUCCUCUUAUAUGCGCGCACGCUUCCAACUGUAGUCCCUUAUACACUACUCAGCCUUUUCCUAGACAUCUGCCUUUAUUUGGUACAACUAUGACCAUGACCACUCUAGACGGCCCCGACGACGUCACAGACUGUACCUCCACGCAUGGCGAUCCGCGGCAGCGGAUUUGGGGAGCUCGACCUCCUCCAGCGACGAAGACCGGAUAUCCAAAGUCCGGGAACCACUUCCUUGCCUUGAAAAAGCAUGUCGAGCCGGGCUUUGGGUUGAAUUCCUCUUUGGCGCCUCCCUAUGAGCAACGGCGCUGGAUCGAGGACAGAGACACAGAGUCCAUGAAAUGAAAGACGAAGAACGUCCCCAAAACACUGGUCGUCUCUUUUGGAUGGCCUCAGAUAUCCUCGGGAUGUCGCAGCGAGCGCGGGCUGUCUCGUCUAAGACAAAGUCGGUUUCCUCCACUUGAAAGAUUAUUCCCAGGCCACGGUGGUCAAAAACCAGUCUUCGUUCAUUCUCCACACAGCCCAAAACUAAAAGCCAUUACAGGACUGACCGGACGGGUGCCAGUUACACGCGAGCUUUUGUGGCGAUAAAGAUGUCGCGGCAGGUCCAUAGAACUUUAUGAGGAUUGUGGAAAUCCUGCGAGCUGCAUCGGUUCGGGGACAAUGUCGUUUUCACUGCUCACUGGGCGGCAGCCUUACCCCAAGAUAUUUGAAACUGCGUACUUCUUCAAACUAGUAGCCAUUGGCCCCGAGGGUGUCUUCUCCUGGUCAGGGAUGUGGCUCUAAAACACGUCGGUUUUCCUAGCGUUUUUGAAAAACUGGCUAGUUUGGUGACUUUAUUUACUCGACACCGCAAACUGGUGAUCGUCAAGGCCUGAGGCUAGAGGACCGAUAUCGUCAGCAUAGUUGAGAUUGGCGUCCGGGUCCAAGCUCAACAAUGUUAAAACCGUGUAGAACUCCACUGGGAAUCCAAUAAUUGGCGUACUUGGACAGAAUGAGCGACAGUGUACAAUCUCAUCGAAUGCCAGAUCGGAUAUCGGACGGUUGGGGCAGAUUGUUGUGGAACAGAGCUCGCGCAUUGCUGGAGACAUAGUAGGCCCCUGUCAUGGCGAUGGUUAUUUGCCGGGAUACCACCUCGUUCUCUUAUCAACCGCGAGGACUCAAUUGACGGAGUCGAACGCUGCGAGAAGGUCAUUAAAAAGGACGGCAGUCGAUUGCUGGUAGCUGUGGCGGAAUUCGAGAAUGCACCUCACUGUAAGUAUUCGGUCUGAGCACCUACGCUCAGCUUGGAACCCGGCCUGAUUGGGUCUCGUCCUGCAGUUAUGUACGUUCUGGAAUCGACUAAGAAGGACAACAGCAAAGACCACAGCAACGCCGACGAAGCUUAUGCCACGGCUGUUCUCGCGCUCGCGUCAUUUUCUCCUUGUGACCUAAACGACAUUGCGAAAGAAGGGUCGAUACAUACGUGGAUUCGUUGACAGAGAAGCAUUAUGCAUGCCACCUCUACUCGAACUUACUAAAUGGGCCUUAUUUGUCCGAGCUGCUUUCUCCUAUAUGCUUAAGCCAGAGGACUAGGCAGUAAACCAGUCUAGACCGUGUAUUCAGUGACCUGAAAUAGUAUGAUAGCAUCACGCCUGCGAUCAAAGUACUUUUGCAGGGCAGUUUCAAAUGCGAAAUUUUAUUGUUACGGGAAUGAACGCGUAACUUCUAAGUCAUUAGCGAUCUGUAUUCAUCCGCGUCAUGCUCUUCCUAACUUCUGAUCAUCGUUCCACUGAAUAUCCUAAGAAGACGAAUUCCAAACGGAGGCGCAGCUUUGGCCGUCGGCUCUAAUCAGUUAUAAAUAGACACGUUUUUGUGUCUUCCUCGUCUGUAACCGAGUCAGGACCAUAGUAUUUCAGGGCAGAUUCUGAACUGCGUUCCCAAUAAGUCAAAAGGCCUACGUCCGACUGCCAGUGGUUUCAGUAACACGUCUUUUAAAGAACUGUCCGACCCAACGUUGAAGAGCUAUUUAUACCUUUCCAUCACCUUCCCGAUUUCCUAGUUCUACACUUUCGUUUUGUAGUUAUCCGUAAAAUCAUUUGAGGUGCGUCAUGUCGGCAGAAACUUAUCACGAAAUGUAUCGCCGGACGACUCUUGGAAAUACACUCCAGGAAUCUCUUGACGAAAUGCUCACCCACAAUUUGAUAACUUCUGGGUGCGCAAUGAAAGUAUGCUCCAGUCAUAAUAAUCACUGUUUCGCAUAGAUCAUGCAGAAAUUUGACCAAUGUAUCUGCACAGCACUAUCCAAACGUGUGAAGAAUCGCCUCUUCUUGAAAGGUCAUCUCAAUACCUAUCGAAACUGUGACAACGUUUGGACGCUUGUCAUGAACGAUGUGGAGAUACGAGAUGCCUCUGUACUGCUGCAUGUGGAUAAAGUAAGACAUCUGAGCGACAUUCCCCUUUUCAUGACAUUCUUGUUUCUGCCUCUUGGCCGUCUCCUGGGCUCCAUCUUUUGCAAAGCAUCCCUUGGGUUGGAACCGCUAAUUGCGGACUGUAACAAGGCGACUUGAGACCAACAAUAAGCAAUUCAAAAUUGUAUGCUCCCCGAAGGACAUAAAAUAUUGCCCACCAAGCAGUUGUCUUGUCAGAUGGUCAAUAGGGUUCGGGUUAUUUCAUGCCCAAAGAGCAAAUGCAUAUUAUUCUGAAGUCGGAAUUAGCUUUAGUGGCCAUCAGCAUCAGCAGAAAACGCGUUAGUCCUCAUCCUGCACAUAAAGGGCCUAACUUUGCGCUGACGGGAAACUCAUUAUCAUUCCCUCAUAUUAAAAAGAGAGCAGUUUAUAGCACCUUUUAUUAGAGAAAGAAUACCGUACUUCGAGUUUUUAACACAAGGACUGCAAGAACCGAUCUACGCGUUCUUGUUUACAUGUGCCUUUAUAUUGCAUUACGGUCUGCCUGAAGGGUGACAAAAAGCAGUCCUGAGUCCGCACCUUUUUAAAAACCUCAGUGAACUUUUAGCUGAUUGGACUGGGUUAUCAAAAUGAGACCCCUGUACUUCGGUCAGGAAGCCUUUCUACACAGAUGGAGUGCACCGUAAGGCCAUAGUUAUUGCUUAUCCACAUGUUAAAAGACUCGCCUUAGAACAGGGAAACUAUUUCAAAGACAGAAAGUGUGCAUUGAUUGGUAUUGUCUCAUGGCAGAUCCCAAAACCAUACGAGCCGGCGUGGCCCGACCUGCUUGUACAAACAGAUUCUACAGACUCCUCAUGUUCUAUAACAUCGGGCACUACCCUCGGCGACAGUAUAGAUAUCCAUUACGCCGACUUUAACACACACACAAGCUGAAAUAAUGGACUGGUUGUGACACUGCAAAUUACUUACUUCCUGGUGGACAUUUGCAGUAUUUCUCUGCCUUUAACAAAGAGCUCUUGGUUAUCAAGCGGUCUUUAAAAUUUUGCGGCAAGAUGUUCAUGAAUUACUUUUGCUAGUCUUUCGAAUAAAAUUUAAAACUAGGCACGCAGCGUACGUGGGUCAUCACACAGAAUGAUACUAAUGAGCAAGUGCAGUAGAGAUAGAUUUAGACAGUCUUAUCCAUCCUAAAAUGCACCCGGCUUUCCUGUUUGUUUGCAGAUAAAAAUUGUUGCCUGUGAGUGUAAGGAUGCCAAAAGCGCAAGGACCGCGGCCGCACUCAAGGGAAAUCCUACCCAGUCUUCUCAAAACAGUGCCGCACUAACUGCACCGAAUCGAGAGUCAGAGGGCCUGGGUGGGCCCCCAAACCUGAUGUCAUUGGGCGAUGACAAGACCUAUAUGUCGGAUGACGAAGGGAGGGUUUGAAAUUUGUUUUUCUGCCCUUCAUCCUUUCAUUCGCCCCUUGUGCAGUAACAAGUAAAGUUGGUGACCGCACUGACGUUACUUCAACCAUGUUUCAGACUUCUUUGUCCCCUGCGUCAUCCUCCUUGGCUGUUGUGCGGACAACUACUUCCACAAGGUCCUCUUUACUCCCUCUCUAACGUUUUUCUUCAAAGAGAGAAAUCGCAACUCCUGAUUUUGGACACUUUUAAACGGGUUGAGUCUGCGCUUGUCAGAACAAAUGCAAAUAUUUUGUCGAAAUAAACUUUGUAAAUAAUGCGUUGAUUAUGCUGGCGUGCAAACAUAUGCGGACAAAUCCGCGACUGCGCUGUUAUCAAUUUGUGUCGGACCAAAUGACAGAACUUCGCCGGUAGCGUACCAUCGUCCGCCUUUAGUUGAGAUUUAUCGUUGAUAAUCGUGCGAACCAGCACAAUUUUUGAUGGUAGCCGCCAGAAGUCCCAGGCAAUCUGGCCCUGCGCCAAAGUUCUCGUAACGGAAAUGGGGUCCGCUAAGGACUAGAAAAGCACCGGCAAAGUAAUAACUGAAACCUUGAGAUCCAAUUUAUAGUGUAUAUCCGAAGGGUUUGUGCGUUGCCUAUCAAGGGAAGAGAUCCUCAGGGUGUCCUUCUAACGUUUUUACCCAUCUUCCCGACGAGUAGACUUAGCGAUGUCGCCGUAGUCACUUGGGUGGGCUCUCGUUAUCUACCCUUGUAGACGAGUUUUCUAGUUUUCAGUCACUGCGCCCAUUCUCCGCACCGGACAUCCGACCGGCUCGGUCAGUAGCUGGGGCCUGGAAAUGGGAACAAAGAGGUCGACGACUCAGCGCACUUUCCUCAUUAAAAACAAUAUGACGCGCUUGAAUUAUCACGGUGUGCCAGAAGCCGUGGCUUGGAUGGCUACCAACUGACGGGAUACCUUGGAGUAGCGGACUGAGUCAUACUGUAAUGGCCCUUUAAUGUGGCCUCUGUGGCACUACCACUUCGUAGGACCGGAGCCAGGUAUGGUGGCGCGCCAAAGGCGUCUCCGGCCGCGCCAGCCGCCUCCGAUCUCUGUCAACACCGGGCCUAGAUGAGCGGAGGAGAGUGCGAUGAACGCUGCGCGAGUCCGCUAUCAUUAUUAACUAAUUCACGCGCAGGCCACCGCCUCUGUUCUCUGCUGUGGAGCAUACGGCGGACGUAGUCGGAAUUGACGGUCGAACCGUAGUUUGCCGGUGGCAGCUAGGGUAGGGGUGACUGGGUGUUGUCGCCUGUUUCUCGUGGACGACUCGAAUCCCUUCCGCACAGCAGAGUUGUCAAAAUGACGACUUUGUACAUCUUGCGUUUUUUGUUUAGAUGGAAACCGUAGGGAGACGGUCUUCUGCAGGGGUUCACAGAAGAAAGAGGCCCCUAUCGUUGCGGUCGCCGACCCCGUGACGACCCAGCGCUCUACCACAGGCAGCAUAGCCUGUACCAAGAUCAGUCAGCUUACCCGCCUUCAGCUCUGUCGCUCGGAGGGCGUACAAUUCCCCGUAGAGUUCGUUAUUCAAUUCGUCGGGGCUGGCCAUUUCGGGAGCGUAGACGCAGAAAAUAGUGACCAAUUUGGCUCCUUCAAGAAGCAUGCGCACGGCUAUGAAGCGGUCGUCGACGCCCUGAGGCAGACAGGACAGUCGUAUCACGAUGUCGUUCUGGGCGGCACAGACGACGCCAGAGCUGCGUCGAUUCGCCUUUAG